AUGUUUUCCACGCUUGUACGAGGAGGCCUCCGCCGCCACAGCCCGGCAAUUGCACGCUGCUUGUUCAGCAGCAGCGCCAGCUUGGCUGCUGCCGAGGUUAAGAAGCUGGGUGUGGUUGGAGCAGGGCAGAUGGGCUUGGGAAUUGCUCUGGUUGCUGCCCAGAAAGCCGAAAUCCCGGUGACGUUAAUCGAUAACUCCCAAGAAAGCCUGGACAAGGGUCUCAAGUUUGCUGAGAAGCUGCUCGACAAAGAUGUCGCCAAAGAGCGUCUCACCCGCGAAGCUGCCACCGCCGUGCGCGAUCGGCUGAAGCCCAGCCUGAAGCUAGAGGAUCUCUCCGACGUGGACUUUGUCAUUGAAGCAGUCCCCGAGAUCCCAGACCUCAAGACCUCCAUCUUCUCCCAAAUCGCCCAGAUCGCGCCCAAGCACGCGAUCCUCGCUACCAACACGUCCUCCAUCUCCAUCACCAAGAUCGCUGCCGCGACGACCAACGACCCGAAGGAUCUCCAGGCGCCUUCCCGCGUCAUUUCGACGCACUUCAUGAACCCCGUUCCCGUCCAAAAGGGCGUCGAGAUCAUCACCGGUCUGCAAACGUCCCAGGAGACGAUCGACACGGCCAUCGCAUUUGUCCAGCGCAUGGGCAAGAUCCCCGCGCGGUCAGCCGACUCACCAGGAUUCCUGGCCAACCGCAUCUUGAUGCCGUACAUCAAUGAGGCCAUCAUCUGCCUGGAGACGGGCGUGGGUAGUCGCGAAGAUAUCGACAGCAUCAUGAAGCACGGCACCAACGUGCCCAUGGGACCACUGACGCUGGCAGACUUCAUCGGGCUCGACACGUGUCUGGCCAUCAUGAAUGUGCUGCACCAGGAGACGGGCGACAGCAAGUACCGGCCGGCAGGGCUGCUGAAGAAGAUGGUCGAUGCAGGCUGGUUGGGGAAGAAGAGCGGGAAAGGUUUCUACGAGUACUAA